AUGGAGCAAACCAAGGCUUUGAACACCCUCGAGGUUGGUCCCCUUGUUGUAUGGAUCUACAGCAUCAUUUUACUAACAGGCACAUUUCCACCACAGCCGUUCCUCGCCCUCUCCAAAUCGGCCACAUCUCCCCGGGCCGCCGCCGACCUCGUCACGCGAGCCACCUCCUCCCCAAACACCUACAUCUUCGCAGAGCUCCUCCAACAACCACAAAUCCAAGCCCUCUCCCAAAACCCCGAGUUUGCAUCCCACCUGACGCUCCUUCAAAUCUUCUCGUACGGCACGUACCAAAGCUACCAUGACACGCCCAAUCUCCCACCGCUGAGCGAGCCUCAGACGCUCAAGCUCCGCCAACUCUCUCUGCUCACACUCGCCCGAGACAGGUCAAACCUGUCAUACGAGGCCCUCCAGAAAGCGCUAGGGCUCACAUCAGCGAGGCAGCUGGAAGAGCUCGUCGUCACCGUCAUAUAUGCCGGCUUACUCCACGCCACUCUCGACCCAGCCCGUCAAGCAGUACAAGUAAACAGCGUGGCACCGCUGCGCGACCUCUCGCCAGGGUCCAUCCCGGACAUGAUUGCCGCCCUGAGCAACUGGUCAGAGAAAUGCGCCUCCACGCUAGGUGAUCUAGAAGCCCAAAUUAGAAAUAUCCGCGCUGCUGCUGCGGCGCGUGAAAAGGAAAAAAGGGCGGCAGAACAUAGGAUCCAGGCCCUCGUGUCAGAAGCAUGGGACUCGGAUAAGAAGAAGGAUUUGCCGGGACGGGAUGCCCUUCCCAGAAGAGGCUAUAAUAAGCGAUCCAUGGUGGACGCUACCAAUGUCACAAGUGAGGAGACAAUGGAUGUAGAUGAGCCUCCUGCUGUCGAAGAGCAGAAGAAGCGGUCGAGUAAGCGUAAGAUGUAA